AGGCUGAAUACAAAGCUAAUGGAUUGAUUACAUUGGUACCUUUGAAAAAAGUUUGUAAAUAAAUAGUAUUUUCAAUUUUGACUUUGCUUUAUUAAUUAUUUUAGGAAUAAGAAGAAUUGUGUUAAUAUUGAUGUUAUUAAUAUUAAAUAAUGGAAGAGGGUAAUUCAAUUAUAUAUGGUUUGGAGCAUCAGACAAGAGCAUUGUGUGCCCAAUAUGAGUGUGAUGCAAUAAGAUUCCUGAUUGGUACCCAGAGUCUUAAACCUAAUUCUAAUCAGGUUCAUGUAGUGGAACUAGAGGAAGACACAGGAGCAUUGCACACCAAGGUAUACAGGCAUGACGUUGGUGAAAUAUGGCACCUGAAGUGCUCACCUCAUGACGCCGCAACCUUAAUGACGACACACAACUCCUAUGACCCAGACACCUCACAGUGUACUAUGGGUGUUUCUGUCUUCAAGCUUCCUACCUUAGAUGUAAUACCAAAAGAUUUGGACGAACUCAGUGCAAUGCAGGGAAGGAAUGCUGAAGAAAUGGAACUAAUAAAGACAAUCAUUCCAGAGAAACCUGAAGAAGAAAUUCGAUGUUCAGAAUGGAACCCCACAGACCCAAACAGUAUCGGAAUAGUGUUUGAUAAUAAAGUAAGUGUGAGAGACAUGGCCGCGAACCGCGACGUCCUGACCAUAGUGCCCGAGGGACGCUCGCGGCUGAAGUUCUCUGGAGGGAAGUGGAGUCUGCAAGCACAUCAUCAGUUCGCAGUACUGCAAGACACACAUAUUAGGUGCUAUGACACGCGGACCGAGUGCAGCAAGCCCGCGUGGAGUGUCGAGCACGCGCACAGGCAGCUGUGUAGGGAUCUCGACUUUAAUCCGAACAGACAGUUCCAUCUGGCCAGUGCCGGUGAUGACGCAGCACUCAAUAUCUGGGACUACAGAAGUGGCAAAGAGCCGAUAUUUAGCAGGACUGAUCACUCGCACUGGGUUUGGAGCGUGCGUUACAACAGCUACCACGAGCAGCUUCUGGUCACGGGCAGCUCAGACGGACGUGCGCUUCUCACCGCUGCCGCUAGCGUCUGUCACUUGGACCACACCGCCGCCCCGCUACUGGAGGACGGUGUCCUUCAGUCGUACGAGCAGCACGAACACUCGGUGUACUGCGUGGAGUGGAGCAGCGCCGACCCCUGGACCUUCGCCUCGCUCAGCUACGACGGCAGGCUGGUCCUGUCGCGAGUGCCACGACAUUUUAAAUAUAAAAUAUUGCUGUAGUUGUUCUGAAGAGAUAUUUCUUAUUACACGAUUAAUUUUU